UUAACUGUUGUACUUAAAAUAGUAACCAAAAUCCAAAGCACACGCGUCCUUGCAUGCCCUGCUUCUAAAUUUAAAAUUAUCAAAAAAUACCAGACAACACGACAAAAAAAAAAAAAAAAAACAAACACAAAAAGCGGGUCAACUUGUUGUUAUGCUCGCAACACUCAACACACUAGUAAUCCUUCACUUCGCUCUACUACUUCCAUGGCGGGAAUAUUUGAUGCCCUCGCCGCCGAUUACAAUUCCGAUCACGUCCUCGGAAAAUGGCACUCAGUUCCCGACCUCCGGCUUCGUGACCACCGAUUCACUGUUCCUCUGUUCUACUCUGCUGAUCCUGCUACUGCUGCUGCUUCUUGUUCUCCUAAGAUCUCUAUCUUUGCUCGCGAAGUGGUUUCAGUUGGAAACGAAGAGCAGCCAUUGCCGUACUUAUUAUACCUACAAGGUGGACCUGGAUUCGAGUGUCCACGCCCAACAGAAGCCGGUGGAUGGUUACAGCAAGCAUGUGAAACGUUUCGUGUUAUAUUAAUGGAUCAACGAGGUACAGGUUUGUCAACUCCAUUGACAUACUCAUCUCUGCUCCAAUUUAAGUCUGCAGAGGAUUUGGCUGAAUACGCAAAAUAUUUUCGAGCGGACAAUAUAGUAAAUGAUGCGGAGUUUAUUCGUAUGUGCCUUGAUGCUGGACCUUGGACAGUUUUGGGUCAGAGCUAUGGUGGUUUUUGUGCGGUAACCUAUUUGAGUUUUGCACAAGAAGGAUUGAGACAAGUCCUUCUGACUGGAGGAAUCCCUCCAAUUGGAAAUGGAUGCACUGCUGAUGCUGUGAAUAGAGCGUGCUUUGAACAGGUUAUACUUCAGAAUGAAAAGUACUACAAGAGGUACCCUGAGGAUGUUAAGACUGUUCGAGAAGUUGUUAAGUUUUUGUCAGAAUCUGAAGGAGGAGGAGUUGAUCUUCCUUCUGGGGGCAUCUUAACUCCACAAGGCCUGCAAACUCUAGGUGUCUCAUUUCUGGGGUGCUAUGCUGGUUUUGAGCGUUUGCACUACAUAUUGGAGAGAGUUUGGGAUCCUGUAACAGUUCCAGGAGCACCAAAGACAAUUAGUUACAACUUCUUGGAUACGUUUGAGAAGCUCAUAGCUUUCAAGACAAAUCCACUUUCCGUUCUGUUAAGUGAAUCCAUAUUCUGUCAGGGUGCUUCGUCCCAGUGGUCUGCUCAUAGGAUAAGGGCUGAAUUCAAUAACACAUUUGAUGCAAUCAGGGCUGCAGAAGAAGGUCGCUCUGCACUUUUUACUGGAGAGGCAAUUUUCCCAUGGAUGUUUGAUGAGUUUAAUAUCUCAAAGAAAUUGAAAGAUGCUACUGAUAUACUAGCUCAGAAGAAGGAUUGGCCUCCACUAUACAACAUUGCUGCUCUAAAUAACAACAAGGUUCCUGUUGCAGCAUCUGCUUAUUAUGAUGAUAUGAAUGUUAACUUCAAGCAAGCCAUGGAAACAGCUUCUGAGAUUGCAGGAAUUCGGUUGUUGAUAACAAAUGAGUACCUCCAUUCGGGUCUGGACGAUCCCGGGAGCCGAGUUUUUGAAUAUUUGAUGGGAAUGCUUAACGGAAAGAAGCCUUUGUUCUGAUCUGCAUUUCAUCUCCAACAUAGUGCAUACUUUCCACGUUACUUCCCCACCCUCUUUUUAUUUUUCUUAAUGUAAUUUUUUUUUCAAUAAAAAUGUGCCAUUCCCAACAAGUUAAGUCUCUAAUCUUUUAUGCUAAUUAAAAAUUAAGGAGAAAAACAAGGAGUUAAUAAAAAAAUUAAGAAAAAACUGUUUUUAGUAACAAA